CGGCACAAAAAGAAAAUUAAAAGUAAAGAUUUUCCAAGGAAAUGUCAACAGUCCCAGUUUUGUCUCAACAACCAAUGAAGGGGAAACACUAAGUAUCAGUCCUCUCACAUAAACCUGGAGAAGAUAAUGAAUAUCAAUCACUGAAGCAACUGAUGAAAUGUUUAUUUAGUCAUCUCCAAAGAAGCGGGAGCGAACAGAUACUGAAGCUGCAGAUGAAAAUUAUGUAAUUGGUCCUUAGUAAUGAUGGAGAAAACUGACAGUGGCGAUUGUGAUGAAUUUACAAAACUAACUAUUGACAUUGAUAAUUCACAUGAUGGCCACUCUCCAUGUUCACAACCCGACAUCAUCCUUGGCGGAAAUGACCUGAAACUGCCAGACAAUGAUCUGUCCUCUCCAUCCUCUAUCUUUGGAGCAACACCAGGAAGUACUGAAGAAUUAUUCCCAGCUGUGACAGCAGAGUUGGACUGUUAUCAUGAUGGGAAUUUACUUUUUGGGAAACCAUUCCCAAAGUGUAUCGAGCGAACUUUCUCAACAAACAGCGAUAAAGAUGUCAAUGACAAUCGAUCAGUUCUUGACAAAUCGAAGCAUUACCCGAAGAGACACUCAUUUCAAGGACUGGUACUCGAUCUUCCCAAGCGGAACUCUCUCCCCGGCAUCCCUGGUGAUCGUCCUCCAACCAGGCAUCACAGUACGCAACAUUUGCUGCCAGCACCAUCCGUGUCUCAAGCAUUGGAUGAAUACGCCUUAUUUUCUUGCUAUGAUGAACGCGUCCACCUGAGUGUGUUCCGCAACUCAUUCCGGAAAUCGAAGAAUCGGUUCAAAAGGAGCUUACAAAAGCGCAUGAAUGCUGUGACACCCUCUGAUGAUGGUAGCUACCUUGGGGACACAUGCGUAUCUUCUGGAAUCGAUUCGAAGUCCAAGCUUCUCGCAGGUACUACAUUCAGGAAAGGAAAACAACAUGUGAAGUACCAGUGGGAUGUAAACUGUAAAGGACCAAAUAUUGAUGUCAUCGAGAAUAAAUCCAAGAUCAUCAGAAGAAAGGGUGCACCUUCUACAGAUGCUGCCAGAGGUUCCAUUGGCUUCAACAGUGGGAAGCACGUGUUCCAGUUCCUAUUCAAUGAUGCGCCAUGGGGAUCAUAUUGCAGUGUUGGUGUGGUGAUGAAGUAUGCUGACCUCAGCAUGCCAGAAUUUGGUCACCUGUUGGGUAAAGAUGAGUUCAGCUGGGGAUGGGAUCUGCCAUCACGUCAGCUCAUCCACAAUGGAAAGAUUUCCGACCUAGUCUACCCCGCCACCGACAUGAUCAUCCCGCGAUGUAUUACCAUGAUUCUCGACAUGGAGAAGGGGGAGCUCAGCUUUAUGAUCAAUGAGAAGGACCUUGGCGUUGCAUUUACAGAUCUCCAAUCUGGUAAAAUUCAGGAUUACGAACUCUACCCAGCUUGUUCCUGUGUCUUCACCAACAUGGAGGUGAAACUUGUGGUGCUUGACUCCAGCUUUCUGGUGAGGAAACCUAAGGAAGAUGAGGUGGAAAAGGAGGAAAUCAAACUUGAAGAUAUCUGUAUCUCCAAAUUGACUGACAGACAGCACAAUCUAUUGGAGGUUUCACAUGGUUGGGACCAACGCAAGAAAGCCUACAAGUUAUACAGUAGUAUCCCAAAUAACCCAUGUAUUUGUCAUGUGCACAAGGACACCUACACCACCGAUAACUAUGAAAAUGUUCUGGGUAUCCGAAGUCGUCGUGGUUUCACGUCUGGUAUUCACAAAUGGGAGAUCAGGGAGGAGCAGAUGUACACAUCGACUGUCUCCUUCAUGGAACUAGACUUCAGACAUAAUGAUCUCGUCGUUGGAAUAUCUACUGAAGAUUUUGAUGAUUACUAUGACGGGAAGCCCCACAAAGUCGAAAUGUUGAAGUAUGUCCAUAACUUCUGGGGCUGGCGCCACCUCACGAAACAACUCUACAAUGAUCAGUACCAUGAUGAACUCUAUGCACAAAAUGUUCCCAAGACCCUUCAUGCCAUGCGGGGCAUCACAGCGAUACUCGACUGUGAUAAAGGAGAGAUGUCUUUUGAGUAUGAAGGCGAGAAUCUUGGACCAGCCUUUAAAAAUCUUCCUCACGUUAAACUCUACCCUACGGUGCUCUACAUCACUGGUUACUUUCCGGUUUCUCUUACUUACUUAGAUGGGCCAAAAGAUUAUCUGCACAAUUUCAUUCAUGAUUCUGAAAAGAUGGCGCUGACAGUCACCGAGUACCAGGCGUUGCUAGGAUACAAGUCGUUGUUACGCCCUCACUGGCUCCCACUCGAGAUGGCAUCAGACAAGAUGAAGGAUAAGUUUACGUGGGAUAGAGACACAAUCGCCAAUACAGUAUUUGGAAUUGAUAGAAGGGACCCAAAAUGGUUGUUACGAAGUGCUGUGAUUCAUAAUGGUGCACGAUCCAAGAAUGUUUCCAACUCUGACCCUGUGCGAGGGAAGAUUCCUGUGGUGGAGGGCUUCCAUAUCUGGACUUAUACAUUCUCACAAAUACUUGGACCUGAGGACCACUAUUUGAUUGGAAUAGUGAACGAACAUUAUUACGACACCGACUACGUCUCUGUGGACCGCAGCUUGUAUGUCUGGUUGUGGGACAUCGUGGAAGGCACCUUGUAUCAUGGUAGCAGACAGAUUGCAAGGUAUCCAGUCUAUCCCCUGGAUUUCGAGCCAGAUCGCUACUACAGAUUCCAGCUGGUUAUCGACCUGGAGAAUAGUUCCCGAUACGGCUUCACCGCAUUGGCGCCUCACAUUCCCAUGGAGCUUGGAAUUGCUUUCGAUAAUCUCCCAGAGGGGCGUUACUACCCAUGCCUUAUGUACAAGAGUGGUGAACUUGACUGCAAGCUGGAAUACAUAGAGGGACCAUCAGAAUUCAUCAGAAAUCAUGACAAGUUGUGUUGUGAAAUACAAUAGACCAGGAAUCAGGAUGUUGAAAGUAACGACAAAACCUUCAGUAAGGUCUGCAACCUGGAUCUUGAAUGCCAAGAAACAGGAGCUAUAGGGACACUAUAGACAGAGCCAACUAAGAACAAAUCAACAAAAUUCUUUAAAGAAUGGCCUUGCAGUACAUCUUGUGUUGAGUAACUAGACAUCUUGAUUGACUGAUUAAGAUGACCCCAGUCAAAUUACCAAGUCCUGAGUACCACCAUAAAUUGCAUACAAUAAUAAAGAACAUUGACAGCUGAUGUAGUCAGAAUGAUUGAUGUAAUCAAUCUUGCAUGAUAUUGGGUACAGAAUAUCUAUAUUGAGUGACAGGUGACAACCGAAACCCUGUAGACUAUGGUCUUUCCCACAGAAUGUUGCAUGAACAGAUGAUGGUCUUAUAAGAUUGAUAACAUUAUCUUUAUCAGGGGCUGAGAAUCAACAAUUUGCCAAAUAAUUUGACUGCAAGCCUCGUCUCUGCAACAAGUUGCAUUGUGAUUAUCUUGGUGGUUGUGCCUCCCCUUUAAGACGUCUACGAUGUGCCAUAGGUUAUCUACUUAAAUUUUUGACCAUGUUAUUAAUAACUGGUUGCCAUGCGAUUUCUCAUUGAAGCCAAUGAUUGGCCAUCUUUAAAGGCCAUUCAAAUCAAAAUAUUUUUGUAAAUAUACUAGAUAUAUAAUUCAUGUAUUUGUAUAUUGCUUAACGCUCAAAACUGUUGUGGCAAGUUUCACAUGGUGGCACAAGACUUUGAAAACUUCCCUACCUUUUUACGGGUGGAUUUCAAAAACCUGUCUUCACUAUCUUAAUUUAUUUUCUUGAAAUUGCCACAAUGAUUUUGAGGGAAUCGCUGCU